UCUGGCUGCCUCUCCGCAUUUAGAACUCUGCUCAUUUCUUUAAACGACUGUCCUGAUGAGAUCUUAACCGCACCUACUGCCCCACACUCGUCGGUCGAUACAGACACAGGAGCACAAGAACACUACCACAUCGAAGGUAGCAGUGCGCCAGUGCUACAGCCCAAGCAUUGACCCCCCGCCCAGAGCGCAGCACCACCUGGGAUACGUGCGCCGGUGCGCGCGAGAUCGAUGGCGCCACCGCGGUGCCACGUCGCGCUCGCCUUCCUCGUCGUCUCCGCCGUGCUUCUCGUCGCCGCAGCCACACCGCACCACGAGCUUGAUCCGGCCAAGUGGGCAACGGAUCAGGAUCACGACGGUGGCGCAGUCAUGCGGGUGUCGGCGUGCACGGUGGAGGAUCAAGAGGAGGGGUGCGAGGGCGAUGCGGCGACGAGGAGGCAGCUUGCCGGUAACAGCUACAUCGGCUACGACGCGCUGCGGCGCAACGCGGUGCCGUGCUCGUACCGCGGCGCGUCCUACUACAACUGCCGCCCCGGCGCCCAGGCCAACCCCUACUCCCGCGGCUGCUCAUCCAUCACCCGCUGCAGAGGCUAGACAUACAGCAGGGUGCUACCUUGUCGCCGUACGCCGACGACCGGCUCACGGCGACGGGGGAGCACGGCACUGCUCGUCCGGUUCUUGGAGCUUGAUGCGACUCAUUGAUCUUGUAGUAACUUGUAAGACAUCUUUGUUUCUCUUUCUCUGAUCUUUCUUUCUUCCCUUGCCGUCGGUGGUUCUUUGGGGUUUAUACCGGAUUCAGUUCGAGAUUGAUUCGUUGAGUUGACAUUUAGCAAAACCUCCAUAGCAUGUAAAUCUAUCGAUCGACCGAUCGAUCUUGGAUUCCUGAUUCGUUUCAAAUGUACUGUGCGAUUAAUAAUGCUCUCAUAUACCUCUCACGUUUGAUUGAUUA